AUGAUACCAGAGUACCGAGGAGUCGAGGACACGGAUUAUGCAGGAUACAGGCUCCUCAACAAUGUCUGGACUUUCGCUGCACAUUAUCUAUUCGUCAUUGCGACAAGCGCAGCACUUUCCCCCGCAUAUGUGGUCAAGUUCACGGAAGCCGCAUUCAUUACCCAAGUCGGAAUGUCAUAUCAAUCUCAAACGGGGGAUGCGCGCAAAGUCGUCUGGAGCCUUUCGACUGAAGAGGAUUAUCGCGGACGAUCUGCCGCAGUGGACACUGCCAAGCGCAGAGCCCCCGGUCGGAUGUGCGUUCCUUACCAAGGUACUACAUUAGUACAUAGUCAUACUAGUCUAUUAGUCCUACACUUACAGUACUAUCAGAAGAAUACUGGGACCGACUGGAUCUCAGAUGAGACAUUUCGAACCUCGGUGAUUCUUUCCUUUGGCGCCGAAAAAUCCGAAGAGAAUCCACGAAAGUUCCAGGCCCAUCAAUGUUCUCGUCCUUUGCAUCUCGCAUUCGUGAUGUGA